UUAAUAUAGAGAAGGGAAUAUGAAGAUGUUGAGGUGGGGGAGGGGUGAGCGGAAAUUUUGUGUGUGUGCUCGGGGGCUUUGAAAAAUCGUUGAGGUCAAGGGGAGGGCGUAAAAACUGGUUAUAGAACUAGGGGCCUAAUUAUAUGGGCCGGGCUGGCUCGCUUUGCAGAUAUCCCGGCACCUUAGUUAAACGAAACAAAAAUUAUCUUUGCCGUUAUAUGACAACCGAGCCAGCCCGGUUAGCUAGGAUCCCAGUAUUGUGACGCCGGGAUCCCGGGUGGAAAUUUUUCAAGUAAUCACGCUUGCCGGGCGGCCCGGCGAAUGAACCAAGCGAGAUGCAGGACAGCGGGUAACACACUGUUCAUGCCCAUUGCUUCCCCGGCUCAUGUGAUCAGGCCCUUACUGUGAGUUGUAUUGUCACGCAGUUUGCACGUGAAAGCUUUGGAAUUUGCCGCUUUCUUGGUUCGUGUACGAGAGAAUACGACCUAAUCUAAUUAACCCAAGGGUUUUAACAAUAGAACGCCGUUUGCACGUGAAGAUGUUGGACUCUGCCCCUUUUACGUGAAGGAAUGCAACUUGUUUACGAGAUUAUUUGCUCAAAAAGAUUUUAAGAAAUCACCUCCUUUCCGAAAAUAAUCAAUGAAAUUAUGCAUCAUUCAAUGUUACCCUUAAUUAUCUCAUGCACGAGAUCAUGGAAUUUUGCGUGACAUCUUCUUUGGCGCGCGACAACUGAGAGCAAAAAUGUUGUCAAACUCUUGGCAAUAAGCCAAACCAUUCACACCGUGUGCUGCGAGGACGAUUAUUUUCCAAAGGAAAAAUUUAAAAUAUUUAAUAGUUUUUUCACUUGGUGACGACAGUGUACCUUGUUUUUCCAAAACGUUUGUUUUCUAUUGCUGACUUGUUUGCCGUGCGUUAUCUGUGGUUCGUAUGUAACGAAGAUAAAUGCUGUGUUAAGACACAGCGCGCGACAUUCGCGUCGCUUGGCUUGCGUACUUGGCUUGUUUACGUUCGCACGUAUUGCGCGCCUAUUGCAACUUUGAAUCAAAACAAGCGAACUGGAUUACUCUAUUUGGGCGACGCAUGAAUAAUAAUGUCUGAGCUCUGAGGCUGCGAAACCCAGAGGCCAUGUUUUUCACUUAAGAUGGACUAGUGGAGUCGAAAUUUUAAAUAAGCGACUGAGCGCGUAUGUGCUAUAGCUUCUAUUCCAAUCUACGGUAAUCAGUGACCUGCUUGAUGGUGUUAUUACGUUUUGAUAACAGUCUUCGUGACAAAUGGUAAAGUGUUGCAUGUUCUUUUAUAGGUACAAAGAUUUGCUGUUUGAGGUCACGACUGGACCCGCCCCCUCCUUCGUUUUCACUCUUUCAUUGUCCUUUGACUUCAAUGUAUCAACUAAGGACUAUGCUAUGCCUAGUGAACCACGCUGGCAGAUGACUCCUAUGGAGUAUGCUACGUUUUUGAAUUCCAGCAAAGGAGACGAUACAGGUAAAUGUUUUGUGCUAUUUACACUCCCCCGCCCCCCGCCCCCGACACUUCUGUAUCAUCAUUGUCGUCGUUGUCAUCGUCAUUGUCACUCAAACAAUCUGACAGGCUAAUUUCUAGAUAUUUUGUAUCCUUAGAUGUUUUCUAAUAUAUAGAUUUAGCCAGGGCUAAAAGCGAGGCUCCCAUUAAUAAAUUUAUAAUUUAAAUCAAACAAUAAACUUGUAUUCCACAAUUCAGUUAACUUUAUAUAGAGCACAUUCAUGUGACUUUUCAGGGAAAGGCUAAGUGAUUUUAGACAAAAACAAUUUGCAAACAAUCCCAGAGUGAACGAAAUCUUACAUCGAGUUGAUGGCCUCAUAUGUACACCUAAAAACUGGCAAUCGUCUUCGAUCACAUUUCUUAAGAGCCAUAAUGGCUCUUCAUCACCGUAGGUUAAUUAGGCCUGGAAAAAAGUUCCGGUCGAAUUUUUUGCGUUCGACAAGUUUACUUUACAAAAUAUUGCCAACAAAUCUGGGUUCGUGUAAACCAACCUUACAUAUCAUUUAAACAUCACAUCUGAGGUGAAACAGUACUAUGAGGCACUGUUUUUAUCAUACAGACCUCGGACAACAGAAUGCAGUAUUUGACAGUUUUGCAAUACAAAUUGCUAUCAUUCAACAUUCAGGACGAUCGAAGCACGCGUGGGCUUUAGCUAAACCGUUAAAAAAAUUUCCAAAAUCACCUAUACGGCCAGCCGGUUCUGACUUUUGCAGUGCUAGCUGUGGCGAGUGUUUGAAUGAACAUUAACACAGUUAAGCUCCAAUAUAAUAAAGAAUUUAUUAUGUUUAUUUUUUAUUUUAAAAUGGUUUAACGCGUCGCAUUUUGAGUACUCUGGGAAGCGUUGUUUACUGAACGACUGAAAACAAUCGGCACAGCGAUUAAAAUUACAAGAGAGACUACUAAUAAUCAAUAAAAGAAAUAAAAUUCGGUGAAACAUAUACAGAGACGACAAUUUUCAUUCAGGAAGACAAGUAUUAAAGUGUCUCUAAAAAUCCUGAGUCUUCGAGCUUAACGCUGAAGUUUUUGUUUUAAGCCGGCUUCCCGGUGUUUGCUUUUUUCAAAGACGAACUCGAGGCAAGAAAAUCGCUCAAAGCUUCUUUUACAGCCAGAAUUAUAACUUAAAAUUCUUUGGAACCUGUUCUUUCUAUUUGCGGUGAGAAAAUGUCUAAAGGCUUUUAAUAUAAACCUGAUACUCGGUCAGAUCAUUGUCUCAAAUCUUACAAACGUGCGUAAACAAAAUAGCCGCACAAACUACGCUCGACUUCAUUAAAUUAGAAAUAAAAAACGAACAUCAAUGACAAUAAUUACUCAGGCUUACCAGUCGAGAUGCAGCUCCUCAAAGGUAUCAAGUAAGGCCAGUAUCGCUUUAGACUUUGAAACCCUCUCACGCAUUAAGCAAGGUGAAAACGAAAACGAUACCAUCGGAAAUCGGAUUUCCAACUUUGACAAUUGACGUAUUUCUCAACCAAAAACCCAACAAACAAACUAGCCAUGAAUAACAGAAGACUUCCGAUAGCAGCUGAAUUUCAUUUUGUACAUCCAGUGGAAAAAGACAGUUAAAAACAUCACAAGUUGACACAAAACUCUGUCAGCUUCAGCUGUCAAAGUAAACAAGGUUCAAGAUGCUGCCUAAAUUUUCCGCAUGAACUCACCUGUCAAAUUUUGACCAAUCAGAGCAUAAAAAUUGGACGUAGAACGUGACCAACGCGUGAAAAAGGUGAGAAAAGUCAAAAGCAACUGUCUUCCCUGCCUUGAUAGUCUCCCCUACCCUACCCGUACAAUCUGUAGACGCGUGCGUACGUACGUACGUACGUACGCUCGGUCAGUCACGUGACUACCAAGCGAAAAGAGGUUGACCAUAUUCCAUAAGUAUGGGGCUCUGUCCCACGCACGCUUGGCGCGCGCGGGAGCCCCGCUAAAAUCAAUUAAAAGAAAUAACAAGUUUAAAAAUAACAGUUUUCUUAAUUUUUUUAUUCCAAAACAUAAAAGAACAAACUGAACCAAUUGUUGUGUCUAACCAAGUAUUUUGGCGGUCAAUGCUUCUCUUCUCUCACGUAAUCUUUUUUAAACAAUAUUCAGGGGUGCCUAUUUCAGCGAGGCUGUUUUGUAUGGGGCCCUGAUGAAAAAGAAAAAACAACACACCAGACAAAUAAAGAUAAAAAAUGGUACAACUAAGUAUAACAAAACUAAGGCUCAAUUAGGCUUGGAUGUAAAGUGCCUUUUGCUUGGAUGUAAAGUGCCUUUUUAGGCCAAACGAAACCUUAUUAAUAUCAUGCUCGCUCCUCAAGUACAGAGGAAGCGUAUUCCAGAUCUUGGCUCCGCUGAACUUGAAGGAGCCCUGGUUCUUAGUUGUCCUAGCUAGCGGCAGACGGAGCAAAUCUCUAUGGCACGUGUUAUAUGAAUGGAAAUCGCGCGAGUGGCUAAAUUCAUCAAUUAAAUAUGCUGGAGCCAGGCCAUGAAGGCUCUUAAACACUAGCAUGCACUUUAGAUAGUCCCGGCGGGACUGGAGCGUAUAUAGGCCAACCGAACAUGCGAGAUAUCUGUGAAACUGUGUAGCCUUUAAUAAUACUGGCGCCACGCCUAUGCAGCUUAUCUAAGUACUCUCGGUCACUUGCUGCUUUUGCUUUCUAUCGUCACUUUUAAUGAUAUAAAAGCCUCCUCCAAGGCUAUUUAGUUGUCCACUCAACGAAUUAAAUGUAACAAGGGUUACUCCACGUUGAAACUUUUAUGUGGCAAGAUUCUACCCCGGCUGAGAAGGUGUUACCCGGUCUGGCGGAACGGGCGACACAACUCGACGGCCACCCCACCUAUCAUGUACAAGUGGUCAAGUGAAAAUGAGAGGUUAUGUGGACAGGCGGGUUACCUCAGCUAACCUCAGUUAAACGGUUUAUUUCAUCUACAGCGUACCUAGUGUCCCCCACCUCCAUGUAAACAGUCGGGUCAUACCGCUCUUUCCUACUAGAAAACUUGUUUUGUUUGUUAAUUUGUUUGUUGGUUUGUUUGUUUUUGCAGUUCUUCUUGUACCAAUCUUCAAAACUCACACCAAGAAAACGGUUAUUACCCAAAAGCUUCAAUACCUUCGUCUCGACUACUGCUUCGGACUGGCCCAUCACUACAACAUCACCAUAACCGUGGUCGCUGAUGAUCAGCGGUCGGGCUUUGCUACUUACGCUUGUAAGAAGACCUAUAACCAAGGAAAAUGUGACGUGAGGACUCCAUAUCGUGACAUAUCUGGUGGACCGGCUAACUUUGUAGAGGUUAGCUUGGAUGGUCAACAAGAUUAUGGUCCCGUGGUUGUGAUUGUGCGUGGUGAUGGGCGAUAUCAACAACCCAACAACUACAUCCUAACAGCUUCGUCUCCUAACUAA